AUACGCUUUUACGGUGCGCCCUUUUUCGUGUUAUGAAAAAUAAAAACUUUAUAUAUUUUGCUUAAGCGGCAUAGCAUCAAGUUAUUGUAUCAGUUACUUGAUUUUGCUGCAAUGGUAAAAGACAUGUCGAGUAAUAACAUUGAUGCUGAUCAAAUUGCUGAGUUUAAAGAAUGUUUCAACUUAUAUGAUCGAGACAAUGAUGGAAUUAUUUCCAUUGAUGAAAUGAAGACUGUUAUGAGAUCAUUAAGUCAAUGUCCCUCUGAAAGAGAAAUCAAGGAAAUUAGUAUUGCUUUAGGUAAAAACAAAAUUACAUUUCCAAAAUUUCUUGAAUACAUGAUUCCUAUGAUGAAGAAGCAACGUACAUGGGAAAAUGAUAUAUAUGAAGCAUUUAGGCUGUAUGAUAAAGAUAAAACUGGGCUUAUAUCAAUCAAAGAUUUGCAACACAUUCUUACACAAACUGGAGAUCGUUUAAAUCAACAAGAAUUUGAAUACAUGCUGAAGGUGACUGGCAUAAAUAAAAACGCUACACAUGUUAAAUAUUCAGAUCUUUCAAGAGCAUUCAAUGAAAUUUAGCUGGAUUUUCUAUAUUGUUUUGGAGCUUUACAACACGUCAUUUUUUAUUAUUAUUACUAUAUAGUUUUAAAAGCGCUUGGGAAUCAGAGUUUGGAAUGAUCUAUUAGCCUAAUUUGCUCAUUUAAAUUUAAUCAGACGUAAGCCCAAAUGUCACGCUCUGAUAAUACGCAUAAAUUCGUGUCAUAUUUAAUGCAGCAUUAGCUAUUUUUUAAAUUAUAACGUAAAAAUAAACGUUUUUUAACAUUUGUAAGCGCUAUUUAUUUUACUAUUAUUUAUUUUUCAAAGUUUUAAUUAUUUAUAAGUCGCAAUAUUUUCAUCGUUAACAAAUUAAUCUCAAUUAUAAUAUUUUGAAAAAAACUUUUAUAUAAAAUAAAUUUGUAAAAUCUUUAGCUUUAAUGCCAAUGAUUGUAGUGACAACCUACAACUCUUUCUUUCACCUACAACCUUUUCUUUCAAGCCCUUGUAUAUUGUAAAUGGAAUGUUAAUUUUUACUAGUAUUCUGAGAGUAGGGUAGAGGGUAAAGCGGGGUUAGUUGAAAAUUUUUUUUUUGAGAUUUGUUUGAGAAGAUAGUCUCUAACUAGUUUUAUGUAAAAAGAAUUAUAGGCAACAUUUUUCAUAAAACCAAUGUACGUGAACCUAUAAACCGAACAAAUAGAUAAAAUUUGUAGAUUCCUAA